ACAAAAAAAACACACCUAGUCUUGGCCGAUGUGCAAACAAAGACAGCAAUGAUGGUUAUCUAGUUCCGUACAUGCAAAGCACCGAAUCUUUGCCAGCUCGAUCUUUUCCCUCUCUCAUCAGCCCCCCGGAGAGAGCAACCCCGCUGCUCCGCUGUUAUUUUUGAAAGAGAUAGUGGCAACUCCACCACAACCGCCGCAACCACCACCGCCGCAACUGGUAGAGUACUAAUCGAAUACUGAUUUGUUUCAUCUCUUUCUCGCCAACGGCUGUGAACGACUCGAGAGAGAUUGGAAGAAGGUGGGAAUGAUGGCAGGUCGUAGAGAGGGGUCGUUGAUGAGGGACAAGACGCAGUCGUUUCCUGGAUCUCGAAUCGUGACCGCCAUUGUCAUCGGAAUCCUACUCGGCUUUGUCGUCGCCUACUUGUUUCCUCACGGAUUCCUGGGCUCCGAUAGGCCUAUCCAAAACCGCAGAGUCGGGAAAUCGGAUCUCCAGAUUAGCUCAUCACAAUGUGAAUCAACAGAACGGAUUACCGCGUUGAGGUCCGAUAUUGCAUCAUUGUCGGACAAGAAUGACGAGCUGAAGAAGGAGGUGCAGGAACUAACUGAAAAGCUACGUCUGUCUGAACAAGGAAAGGAUCAUGCACAUGAUCAGUUUUCUGUGUUAGGUAAACCACAUAAGGCUGGCCCUUUUGGUACCGUCAAGGGCUUGAGAACUAACCCGACAGUCGUUCCUGAUGAAUCCGUGAAUCCGAGGCUGGCAAAGAUCUUGGAGGAAGUUGCAGUUCAAAGGGAGCUUAUAGUUGCACUUGCGAAUUCAAAUGUGAAAGUCAUGUUGGAGGUAUGGUUUACUAGCAUCAAGAAAGUUGGUAUAACCAAUUAUCUGGUAGUAGGAUUAGACGAUGAAAUUGAAGAAUUUUGCAAAGCUAAUGACGUUCCUGUGUACAAGAGAGAUUCGGACGAGGGUAUUGAUCCAAUUGCGAAGAAGGGAGGUAACCAUGCCGUCUCAGGGUUGAAGUUUCGCAUCUUGAGGGAGUUUCUGCAACUAGGUUAUAGUGUUCUUCUCUCGGAUGUUGAUAUAAUAUAUUUGCAAAACCCGUUCAAUCAUCUUUAUCGAGAUUCUGAUGUAGAGUCCAUGACUGAUGGUCACAAUAACUAUACAGCUUAUGGAUUUAAUGAUGUGUUUGACGAACCCUCUAUGGGGUGGGCUCGUUAUGCUCACACGAUGAGGAUAUGGGUUUAUAACUCUGGUUUCUUUUACAUAAGACCUACGCUUCCUGCAAUUGAGCUUCUUGAUCGUGUGGCUGAACGACUCUCUAGGCCACAAAAAGCAUGGGACCAAGCAGUAUUCAACGAGGAACUAUUUUUCCCUUCUCAUCCGGGGUACAGUGGGCUUCAUGCUUCCAAGAGAACAAUGGAUUUCUAUCUGUUUAUGAAUAGCAAGGUCCUCUUCAAGACGGUCAGGAAAGAUGCUAACUUGAAAAAGUUGAAACCAGUAAUCCUUCAUGUAAACUACCACCCGGAUAAACUUCCAAGGAUGCAGGCAAUUGUCGAGUUCUACUUCAACGGCAAGCAAGAUGCGCUGGAACCUUUCCCUGACGGUUCUCAAUGGUAGCGUAGUUCAACAGACUCCCGGAUGGGCUAAAAUCUACGUACACAUGCUCUGUAAUUCAAUUGACACUGGUUUGGGUAUAUCGACUGCAUCUUCUGAGGCCAAUUCGAAGUAUUGCUUCUUUCUUUUUUGCUUUUUCCUGUGUUUCCUUUCAAAUUUUGGAUUUAUAUGGAUAGUAACAUUUUAAGUUUCACUAGAUAUCUCCUGAGAUGACCGUUGUUCUGUACCAUAUCAUACCAAGAAAUAUAAUUCAAGGGUUUCUCAUCUUUCGUCA